AUGGAAGGUUUUGGUGAUGUGAUGGCGAAUUGUAGGUUGGGUGAUCUACGGUAUGUGGGGCUGUGGUACACUUGGGAGAGGGGUCGAAGUCCGGCGACGAGAAUUAGAGAGAGACUUAACCGAUUUAUCAUAACUCGUGAUUGGUUGGAUUUGUUUCUGGAGGCAUUCAUCGAGCAUUCGGUUAGAUAUAGCUCGGAUCAUGCUGCAGUGGUAUUAAAAGAGAGUGCUAGUGAUGGGGAUCGAGUGAGGGGGAGUCGUGGAUUCAUAUUUGAGACUGGGUGGCUGUUAGAUGAGACUUGUGAGGAGGUAAUGAAGAAUGCUUGGGGGCGCAGAGGAGGGUGA